AAAGAAGAGACGCAAGUUAAGUCGGCGAAGUUUCCUUUGCUAUCUUUUCCUUCCUUUCUAAUUCGCUUUCCUUUCCGUUUACUCUCUCGGCUCUGCUGUUUUCUCAAAAUGGGUUUGUGGGAUUCACUUCUCAAUUGGCUCCGCAGCUUAUUCUUUAAGCAGGAAAUGGAACUAUCGCUUGUCGGUCUUCAGAACGCCGGAAAAACAUCUCUCGUCAAUGCCAUUGCUACAGGGGGCUAUAGUGAAGACAUUAUUCCCACCGUUGGGUUUAAUAUGAGAAAAGUUACAAAGGGGAACGUGACGAUAAAGGUAUGGGAUCUUGGAGGGCAACGGAGGUUCCGUACCAUGUGGGAACGUUACUGUCGCGGCGUCUCCGCUAUUGUAUAUGUAGUUGAUGCUGCCGAUAGAGACAGUGUUCCGAUAUCCCGAACCGAGUUACACGACCUCUUGACAAAACCUUCCUUGAGUGGAAUUCAUUUACUUGUUCUUGGCGACAAAAUCGACAAGUCGGAAGCUCUUUCGAAGCAAGCUUUGGUGGAUCAGCUGGGUCUUGAUUCGAUCAGCGAUAGAGAGGUUUGCCGCUACAUGGUUUCAUGCAAAGAUUCCGUAAAUAUAGACAUUGUCAUCGUUUGGCUGAUCAAGCACUCGAGAUUCGCCAAAUAAGCAGCGGUGCCGAUGAUUUCCUAUCGUCUCGUUGCCGGUGAAGGAAGGACAAAGGACUCGUGUACAAGUUGAAAUUGUGGUAAGAAUUUUCAUUGAAUUUCCUUCAAACUAAUGUCUUGUGUGAGUGUGAUCCAAAUAAGUUUAUUUCUUGAACUGCACGAAAGAGUUUAGGCGUGGCUCUGACGAAACGGGUUGCAUAUAGCAUCGGAAUCGUUGAUUAAUGCCCCAGAAUAUUUAGGGGAAUUGAUAUUCUUUAAUGUAUUUCAAACAUGAUACUCUCGUAUUCUUGUCCGAAAAUGUGUCGGAUAUGUGUGUCGAUAGGCACAGACCCGAGCCCGACAGAUUCUGACCUUUCUCAAU